ACUGACACACUGUCCACUCUCAGUCAGGCUGAUCUCUUAGUUUCACUGUACCUUCCAGCCGGGUGCGCUGAGACACCGACUCUCAGGAGGACGGCGGGGAAAUAAGAGACUACAAGAAAAAACUGCACUGUAAUAUCUGAAGGAAGUGAGAGAGAAUUUUUUUUUUUGGAGUCUGAAGUUUUCUGUCAAACCUGCUGAACUGCCGCAGGUCCGAAUCAGUCACUUUUAUUUGACUUGUGGAAUAUGUUUACGCAGUUUCUACCCAGACGGCCUGCGAGUGGAUUUUGACUCCGACUCGGUUUGAACAACUAAAUCAAAAUUCAGUAGCUUUUUUUUUGGGGGGGGGUCAUCCUCCACUUUUUUUUUUUUUUUUUUUAAUCAGAACAGCAAACAGACAAUAUGUGAAGCUGAAAUCUAAAAGGAUCCAGAAGUAUCUUCACUGAGGAGCAGCUGACAAGAUGUUGGACUGGAGUCUGAUGAGCAGUGAAAACAGAGAGACUGAUGCUUCGUAUCCUGCUGGAGAACAACCUGCCACUGAGUUACACACAACCAGAAAGUAGUUGAGGUGCUCCCCGCGCUGCGGCCAUGGCCUCCCGCCUGAAGCAGCCUGAGGGCCGAGGCCUGUCCUCCAUAUUCUCCUGCUGCUUCAAGGAAAGUGAUCAACCGGAAAUCAGACACUUCCAGGAGAACGCCAACACCGUGGCGAUGAUGGAGCCCACCCUGCCCAUGCCCCCUGCUCAAGAGCUCAACGCCAUGUUCACUGAGCUGGUGGAUGAGCUGGACCUGUCCGAGGAGCACAGGGCUGCCAUGUUUGCUUUGCCAGCAGAGAAAAAAUGGCACAUCUACUGUAGUAAGAAAAUGGAGACAGAGCAACAAAUGGGGGCAAACAAGUGGCCGGAGUUUUAUAUUGACCAGCUCAGGACCAUGGCUGCUAGAAAGACGUUUCUAAUGGUGGAAAAUGAAGAUGAUCAGGGAAGACGUCAAGUAGUAGAAGGCCUGAAAACAGCCCUGAGGACGCAGCCAAUGAGGUUCGUCACACGGUUCAUCGACUUGGACGGCCUGUCGUGUAUCCUGAACUUCCUCAAGUCGAUGGACUACGAGACCGCCGAGUCUCCGAUCCACACCUCGCUGAUCGGCUGCAUCAAAGCUCUGAUGAACAACUCUCAGGGCCGCGCUCACGUCCUCGGACACAGCGAGAGCAUCAACAUCAUCGCGCAAAGCCUCGCCGCCGAAAACAUCAAAACUAAGAUUGCAGUUCUGGAGAUCCUUGGCGCUGUGUGUUUGGUGCCAGGAGCCCAUAAAAAAGUCCUGGAAGCCAUGCUGCACUAUCAGAAAUUUGCCUCGGAGAGAACCCGCUUUCAGAGCCUUCUGACAGACCUGGACAGAUCCACAGGUCGCUAUCGAGAUGAAGUCAGCCUGAAGACGGCCAUUAUGUCCUUUGUAAACGCCGUGCUCAGCCAGGGAGCAGGAGAGACCAGUCUGGAGUUCCGUACCCAUCUGCGCUAUGAGUUUCUGAUGUUGGGGAUUCAGCCUGUCAUUGACAAACUGCGAUCUCAUGAAAAUGCCACACUGGACAGGCAUCUGGACUAUUUUGAACUGCUGAGGAAUGAAGAUGAACUUCAGAUGUCCAAACGCUUUGAUUCUACCCACAUAGAAACGAAAAGUGCCAGCCAGAUGUUUGAGCUGAUCAAGAAGAAGCUGAACCACACUGAAGCUUAUCCUCACCUCCUGUCUGCGCUGCAGCACAUCCUCAUGAUGCCCUACAAGCAGAACAACGUAACUCUCCAGCACUGGGUGCUGCUGGACCGCAUCAUUCAGCAGCUGGUUCUGCAGACGGACAAAGGUGAAAACCCCGACGUCGCCCCGCUGGAGGACUUCAAUGUUAAGAAAAUAGUCUCCAAGCUGGUGAAGGAGAAUGAGACAAAACACUGGAAAGACGAAGCUGAAAAAAUCAGAAAAGAGCACCAGAACCUACAGCAGCGCUUUGAGAAGAAAGAAAGGGAGUGCGAAGUGAAGAAUAAAGAGAAAGAAGACAUGAUGGUGAUGCUGAACAAGAUCAAAGACAAGCUGGAACGAGAGAGCAACGAACUCAAGCAAGCCAAACUCCAAGUGGCAGAACUGCAGGCUCGGUUGCAGCAUCUCUCCUCUUCCUCCAGUGUUCCAGGAGGGCCUCCGGUCACCUCCGCUGGUCUGCCUCCUCCAGGUCCUGCUGGCUCAUCUAUCCCCGGUCCUCCGCCCCCGCCUCCCCCACCACCGCCGCCUCCUCCCCCAGGGGGCCCUCCCGCUUUUGGCAAUGGUCCAAUUCCACCUCCGCCGCCUCCUCCAGGAGCUCCCCUGGGAGCUGUCAAGCAGAAGAAUAUUCCCCGACCGGCCAAUCCAAUGAAGUCCUACAACUGGAGCAAACUGCCAGAGAACAAGAUAGAAGGAACCAUCUGGAAAGAGAUCGAUGAUCUCAAUGCCUUCAAAGUUUUAGACCUUGAGGAGUUCCAGAAGACUUUCUCAGCCUACCAGAAGCCACAUAAGGACAAUGAAGACGACCAUGCUAUGGCCAAGAAAGUGAGGGAGCUGUCAGUCAUCGAUGGCCGCAGAGCUCAGAACUGCAAUAUCCUGCUCUCAAGACUGAAGCUGACAAAUGACGAGAUCCGUCAGGCCAUUAUGACGAUGGACGAACAGGAAGACCUGCCAAAAGACAUGCUGGAGCAGCUUCUAAAAUUUGUUCCAGAGAAGAGUGAUGUCGAAUUGUUGGACGAACACAAGCAUGAGCUGGACCGUAUGGCCAAACCGGACCGCUUCCUGUAUGACAUGAGCAGAAUCAACCACUAUCAGCAGAGGCUGCAGUCCCUCCACUUCAAAAAGAAGUUUGCGGAAAGACUGGACGACGUCAAACCUAAACUCAAAGCUCUGUCUCUGGCCUCCAGAGAGGUGGUACGGAGUAGGACUCUCCGUCAGCUCCUGGAGGUGGUUCUGGCCUUUGGAAAUUACAUGAACAAAGGGCAGCGAGGAAACGCCUACGGAUUUAAAGUGGCCAGUCUCAACAAGAUAGCUGACACCAAGUCCAGCAUCGACAAAAACGUCACUCUGCUCCACUACCUGAUCACUGUGUUGGAGAAAAAGUACCCAAAAGUGGUAGCUUUCAGCGAAGAGUUACAGAGCGUGCCAGAAGCUGCAAAAGUCAAUAUGACAGAGUUGGAGAAAGAGAUUAACAAUCUGAGAUCUGGCCUGAAGAGUGUCGAGGCGGAGCUGAAGUACCAGCAGACUCAGACGGCUCAGCGUCCUGCUGAUAAAUUUGUUUCCGUAGUCAGUCAGUUUGUCACGAUGGCCUCCUUCAGCUUCUCCGAGGUGGAAGAGUCUCUCACAGAGGCCAGAGAACUGUUUCAAAAGGCACUCAGGCACUUUGGAGAAACCUCAUCCAAUCUGCAGCCCGACGAGUUUUUCGGGAUCUUCGACACAUUCCUCUCGGCCUUUGCGGAGGCCAAGCACGACAACGAGAACAUGGCCAGGCGUAAGGAGGAAGAGGAGAGACGGGCACUGCUGGAAGCACAGCUCAAGAGAGACAGAGAGCUGAAAGCCAAGAAAGCCAAGGCGAAUGGGGAGGAGGAGGGCGGCGAGUUUGAUGACCUGGUGUCUGCUCUCCGCUCUGGAGAGGUGUUCGACAAGGAUCUGUCCAAGAUGACUCGGAGGAAACAGCGGACGCACAACUCCUUCGAGACCAGCCGGGAGAGACCCGUGACAAAGUUAAACGAAUAGCGGGACCCGAGCGAGACUGAAAUACGAGAAUAUCUCAGGAAUACUGAGCAUGGAGAGAAUGGACUGCAUCCUGCACGUUAUGUGAUGUUGUUUUGUUUUGGGUUUUUUUUGUCCAUAUUAGAACUUUGAACAUUCAUUCAGCAGAAAGGAUCAACUAUGAAAAUGCUGAAGGAAUGAAACAUUCCAAUAAAACACACACACUUUUCACAGUGUAAAUUCUCUACUAGUUUCAGAACAUCAACAACAGUUUCUGUUUGAAAUGUGCUUGUGUGACGUGUGUGUGUAUUUCCAUGAAUGUAUUUGUCAUAAAAUAAGGUUUGGCUUGAAGCCGGAGAGAGUGACUGUGCUACUGACCAAAAACUGUGUUUAGAGGUUACAGAGUAUUGUUUAGCUUUAUGAGACUUCCUGUUACUUACACGGGUUCUGCCAGAUUGUUACCAGUAGCGAAGUCUGUGUAGACAUGUUUGUCAAAGAUGGGAUUGUUUAUUUAACUUUACCAGCUGCAUUACACAACAGCAGGACCUUCAUGCGUCCCUCUAAAAAGGGAAAAUAGUGUACAUUUAAAUGUAAGCUGUCUUUUCUUUAAUUCCUCUUGUAGCCGCUACCUCUCCCCAGAAAUGAGAUCCUGUUCUCGUCGGGACUUCCUUAAGGUGAAAAAUAGCAGGAACGUUUUCCAUCAAAAAAAAAUCUCCUCACAAACAUCGACGUGUAAAGAUUUGUCAGCCAGAUUACUUUCUGCACUAUUGCACCAUCCGUCCUCAG